GGCCCCGCCUCUGUGACGCUCAUAAAGGGCCCGCCCCCCGGCCGCCCGGGGCUCCGGUAUCGCCGCGGCUCGCGAGCGCCCCGGAAGCUGCCCCUGCUCGGGGUCGCGAUGGGCAGCAAGAUGGCGUCGGCCGGCAGGGUCGUGCAGGUAGUCAAGCCACAUACUCCAUUAAUAAGAUUCCCUAACAGAAGAGAUAAUCCUAAACCAAAUGUAUUAGAAGCUGUGAAAGCAACAGGAGUACCUUCUCACUCUUCUUCAAUUUCACAGCAUUCUAAGGGAAGUAAAUCGUCAGAUUGGCUGAUGCAUCAGGGUCCACCAGACACUGCAGAAAUAAUAAAAACAUUACCUCAGAAAUACAGAAGAAAACUUGUCUCUCAAGAAGAAAUCGAAUAUAUCCAACGUGGAGGUCCUGAAUAAUCACGACACUGGCUGCUGUUUGUUAUCAAACAAAGAAUAGACUUUACAAUAAAGGACUUCCAAAAUGACUAAUGAGAAAUUAUACAUUAACAACUUUAAUAUUCUUAAAAAAAGAAAAAGAAAAAAGAAAUAUAGAAAACUUAGAUAGUACUUGUAUUUCUUAAUUUAUGUAUCUUGGCAGCUUUUCCACAAGCUUACCUAAUUGUUUAUAUACUUUAUACUUAUUAAAGUACACAUUUAAAAAUGUUAGUCUAUUAAUUUACUCUUGGUUAUCAAGUAUUACCAGUGUUGAACUAUUAAAAGCGCACAAUGUCUAAUAAACCAUCAUAGAUUUCCCAUUAUUUCGCUUUUCUUUCAGUUUGUUUAAACAUUAAUUAUCAGGCAGAAUUGCUUUUUGGAAGUGAUUUUCCUGAAAUAGGAUGAGGAUAGGUGAAAUAGUGACUCUUAUUUGUUCUUAAUUCUUUUACCAUUUUUAUUUUCAUCACAAAGUUACUGGAGUAUAACUGGCUUAGUAAGCACAUCCUACUCUAAACAAUAAUAAUAGAGCCAAGGCAUAUCCAGUGACUUUGGGGUAUUAAGAGUUAACAUAAAGGAUUAUUAGUAAUCUAUUUUCAGA